CCAAAGAGAUUGAACGCCUGUUCUUUCAAACAAUCCCACUGUGCUCUUUCAUCCACAGAUGGAUGCUACGAUCCGGUUAUUCGUGGGCCUUGUCACACAUUGCUUCUAAGGUAUGCAUACAAUCCUGAGACGAAGGAAUGCGCCCCGUUUGUCUACAGUGGAUGCGGUGGCAGUCGUAACAAUUUCGAAACAAGACGUAAAUGCCGACGCACUUUCGACCCGGGCAGAAUCAUUCCUUAUUCCAGUCACUUCGGAAAGCGGAAUGGGCAUAUUCGACUAGUCGCAGAACUGAGUGAACCAAUGCGCUCACAUAAUACUAAAAAUCUUAUUUUACAACAAUAUGACAUUCAAAUAAUAUUUAUGCAGUUCAAUCACAUUUCUCUUGUGUAUCACAUUGUUGCAUGA